AUGACGAGGAAGAGGUGGACUUUUUCCAAGGACUCACACUACAGUGGAAGCACACAGCGCAGAGUGUUGAAUGAGAGAAAGUCAGGCAGAGCUUCAAUCUCAAACUGCCAAAGGCAGACAAAGCAUUUGUCUCUACUUACAUCAAUCACAUUACAGGACGGGAAGAGGAUUUCAGUAGAGAGAAUAAAGAAGUCAAGCUCUACAACAAUGCAGGUGAUGCUGUCUACGGGAAUGGAUGGACUGGCAUUCCGUUCAAGCAUUUUUCCACAUUCUUCCACAUUAGAUACAAUCGCUCUCGAUCCUCGCCUCAAAAGCAAGAUUCUGAUGGAUCUUGACCGUUUUAAGCGAGGAAAGGAAUUUUACAGCCGCAUUGGGCGUUUUUGGAAGCGAGGCUACCUUCUUCACGGCUCGCCUGGAACGGGGAAGCCAAGCCCUAUCGCCGCCAUCGCCAAUUACAUGAAAUACAAUGUGUAUGAUCUGGAUCUCACGCGGGUCAAGGACAACAUGGAGCUCUGUGCGCUUCUCACCCAAACCAAAGAAAAAUUUGUGAUUGUCAUUGAGGACAUCGAUUGUUCGCUGCAUCUUACUGAUAGGAUUUCGAGGCCUUCUCACGCUGAUGAAGACGAGGAGAAGAGAAGCAGCAAAGUCAUUCUGUCUGGUUUGCUCAAUUUCACAGACGAAUUGUGGUCCUGCUGCGGAGAGGAGCGUAUUAUUAUGUUUACGACCAACCACAAGGAUAUUCUGGAUUCAGCCCUGCUCAGGUGUGAGAGGAUGGGCAUGCACAUUCUGCUCUCUUUCUGCACUUUUCCUGCAUUUAAAUCUCUUGCUUUCAAUUAUUUGGAGAUAGAGGAUCACCGGCUCUUCUCCGUCGUGGAAGAGAAGAUGGGAUGCGGGGCUGAGAUGACUCCUGCAGAAAUUAUAGAAGUUCUGAUGAAUAAAAUGGAUGACCCAGAUGAAGCUUUGCGUGAUGUGAUUUUUGCGCUGGGUGGAAAGAAAAAACUAAGGAAUGCUCCCCUCACAUCUUGA